AUGGCUUUCUACAAGAUCCUGUGUGGCGUCACUCUGAUGCUCCUUUUUACACCCGAUGCAGGGUGCCAAGCAGAAAUGCAAGAAUGUGGCAAACUGUCGGAAAGUCAUCCAGAACAUUUGCCCUGGCAGGUUGUUAUUUCCUUUGACAACGGCCACUGCUUAGGCUCCCUCAUCAACAACCAGUGGGUGGUGACUGACGGCCACUGUGGAGACGGAAUUUACUACUACGCGACUAUUUACCUGGGAUGCACAAACACGUCAGAUCCUAAGAACAACUGCAAAGAAUCAAGAGAAGUUGAUGAGGCCAAAUGCACCAAACCUACAGCCAACUCCCAGAUUACCAGGGACAGUAUUUGUCUCCUGCAGAUGUACCCCCCUGUCAAUUUUACAGACCUCAUAUCUCCGGUCUGCAUACUUGCUAAAGAAAGCAUCAUCCACUCUGGGACAGAGAGCUGGGUCGCUACUGGUUCUUAUCCUAAUCCCCUGCUGAAAGUACCAGUGGUCAGAAACAAUGAAUGUAAAUGCUUCUUGCCUAAAGUCAAAGAUCACAUGAUCUGUGCUGGACAUCAGGAUCAACACUGGCUUGAUGAUAACUGCCUGGUUAACAUAGGAGGAGGACUGCUGGUCAAUCAACGUAACUACUGGACCCUGAUUGGAGUCGUGAGGUUGGAUCCAACCUGCAGCGAGCUUGAUGGCCUUAAAACCUACAGCAGCGUGGCCCCUUUCUCAGAAUAUAUCUUAAAUGCCACCUACCAUGACAACCAGCUAACCUUUGUUUCCAUCAACUCCAUGGGGACUGACCCUGAUGCCAACUUUGUCUGUCCACAUCCUUCAGAGCCUCCAAUUGCGCCAACAGCCCAGCCUCCAGAGCCUCCCAUGCAACCAAAACCCCAACCUCCCUGUACCAACCACCCAGCUCCCCCAUGUCCAAAGCCAGAGGGGGGAUGCAGGGUUGACAGCGUGUUUGAUAGUGGUGUCAGCAUGAUGCCCUCUUCCCCCUUCGUCUUACUCUGUGUUCUUGUUCUUUCACUCUGCGGUAUUUACUGGUGA